CAGCAUGUGGCUGGUUAAAAGAGUGUCUGCUGCCAGUAACAGACAAAGAUGAUUCUUCUCCGGAGACUUAGAUGGCACAGAGAUUUCUAUCGAGUAUCAUUUAAGAUCAAAAUCUCACCUAUUCAGGGUAACUUUUAAUGAAGUACAUUUUAUUAAGCAAUGUUUCUACAGCUUUUGUGAUAAAUGCCAUAUGGAGAUGUGUUUGAAACCGACUUGUGUGAAUUUUAAGUGGCAUUACUUUCAUUACCAUAACCUAAGGUUAAGUGAACAAUAAAUUUAGCUCAUGGGAGUGGGCAGAGGGAAAGUUCCAGGCUCAGUGCAGAAUUCAGUGCCACUAAUAGUGGUGCGAGGGAGAUGCGGCGCUGAGGAGCGGGCUCGGCCGGGGCUCCGCUGCGGGACCGAUGGGCGCGUCCUGAACUCGGAGCGGUCUGGAUGAGAGCGGCGACGGCGAAGGGCGGCAUCGAGUUGGAAACAACAUGAAUACCUCGGUCCUCACCCUACUGGGAAAUAUUUCCGGUCACCUGAAUUUUUCGGAGACGAACUCGCAGAUCUUGCAGUUUGAGGACGAGGAUUGCCGCGUGCCUUUGGCUAUGGUCUUCACUCUGGCCUUGGCUUAUGGGACUGUGAUAAUUCUGGGAGUCUCUGGGAAUGUGGCUUUGAUUGUCAUUAUUUUAAAACAAAAGGAGAUGCGCAAUGUUACCAACAUCCUCAUUGUCAAUCUAUCCUUUUCUGACCUCCUGGUGACCAUCAUGUGUCUUCCCUUUACCUUUGUGUAUACUUUAAUGGACCACUGGAUUUUUGGGGAGGCCAUGUGCAAACUGAACCCUUUUGUGCAAUGUGCCUCCAUCACUGUCUCAGUCUUUUCUUUAGUCCUCAUUGCUAUUGAGCGCCAUCAGCUGAUCAUCAAUCCCCGUGGCUGGAGGCCGAACAACAAACAUGCUUACAUGGGGAUUGCUGCCAUAUGGAUUUUAGCCACAGCUUCCUCUUUGCCUUUCCUGGUCUACCACGUGUUAACAGAUGAGCCCUUUAGAAACGUAACAUUUGACGAAUAUAAAGACAAGUAUGUGUGCUUGGACCUGUUCCCCUUGGACACUGCCAGGCUUUCUUAUACUACAACACUUUUGGUGAUUCAGUACUUUGGACCACUCUGUUUUAUAUUUAUUUGCUACUUGAAGAUAUACAUACGGUUGAAAAAAAGGAACAACAUGAUGGACAAGAUGAGAGACAGUAAGUACAGAUCCUCUGAAACCAAAAGGAUCAACAUCAUGCUGAUCUCAAUAGUGGUCGCAUUUGCAGUUUGCUGGCUGCCUCUCACCAUCUUCAAUAUCGUGUUUGAUUGGAAUCAUGAAAUUCUGCCUGUUGCUACCUGCAGCCACAACCUGUUGUUCCUGAUUUGCCACCUCACUGCCAUGAUUUCUACCUGUGUGAAUCCCAUCUUCUACGGGUUUCUCAAUAAGAACUUCCAAAGGGACCUGCAGUUUUUAUUUCAUUUUUGUCAUUUCCACUCCCGUGAGGAGGAUUAUGAGACUAUAGCCAUGUCCACCAUGCACACAGAUGUUUCAAAAACCUCUUUGAAGCAGGCAAGCCCAGUCACAUUUAAAAAAAUAAAUAGUGAUGAUGAUGAAAAAAUAUAAAGGAGUAAUAAAAAUUCCACACCAAACUGCUUGAAGUGUGAUUGCAGGUGAAAUGUGUCCAAGGACAAGUGAAAUUACAUAACAAGUACAAAAUGAGUAAUGUUUUUCUUCCUUUUCCAAGGAACUUUGAUUGUUGUCACUUUGAAAUUAUAUACUGUGCAUUUUUGCCCCUUUUACUGCUUUAAUGUUCACAGAAGUUGUAUCUGAAUUUUGUUAUAAGACAGAGUUAGACCUGCUACUACCUAUGGUUUUCAUCUGCUGUCUUUUGUUCUGUUCUCUUUGUACAGCUAUGUGCUUUAGCAGAAAGGUUUAUUUAUUGAUUAUAUUUUUUCAAAGAAGUGGUUUUCAGGAGUGUCUAUCUAAGACCAUUAGAAACAACAUGAACCACAAGGACACUGUCACUACAGAGGACACCCACCAAAGACUAAAAUUAGGAAGAGUAGUUUCUUUCUUUUUUAAUUCAGCUUUUGAUUUAUGUUAAAAUCCUCUAAAAUCAGUGUAGGCAUGCAAAAAAAGGGUUCUGUGAGACCUGUAGAAUAUGUUUAAAUGGUGACGUACAGUUUUCUAAUUCACAGUGGCAAUUCAGGCUAUGAUCACUUAGUUUCAAAGAAAGGAUUAAGAAAGAAAUUCUGUUCUUAUUUACAAGAAUAAAACGCUAUAGUAAUGCCACAGUACACAAUGGGAUAACUCUGAUGCUUCACCACAGCAAAUGAAAACAUAAAUGGGCCUUCAGUCCCAACUGAUUAUAGCUGGUUUUAAUAAUACAGGUUUUUUAAUUUAAAAACCCUAAACCCCAUUUUCAUCUGCCAUCACUGACAGGAGUUAAGUGUUGCUGGGAUGAAAUAUACCAUCUGUCCCUGGCCUAUGAACCAUGUAAAUUUUCCUUGAGACCUAUGUCCAGAAUCUAAAGGGAGAUGGGACUGUUCACUGUAUGGGCAAGGUGCAAUACCAUCCUUGCAGGUGACAGUGAAAAUCAGGUCUGGUAUUAAAAAAUAUAAGCUUUAGCUACCUGAGUCUUUUCAUGGUAAUUAGUGUUGACCUAUAUAAAUUUAUGUAUAGCCUCAAAGUAUUCUGUGUUCAGAUGCAAUGGCAUAAACCCGGAUAAUCUCAGUCUUAAACUGUGCCAGGGGAGGUUUAGAUUGGAUAUUAGGAAGAAAUUUUUCACAGAGGGAGUAAUCAGACAUCGGGAUGGGCUGCCCAGGGAGGUGAUGGAUUCACUGUCCCUGGAGGUUUUUAAGCUGAGACUGGAUGUGGCACUUAGUGCCAUGGUCUAGUAAUCAUGGCAGUGUUGGAUCAAGGGUUGGACUUGAUGAUCUUGGAGAUCUUUUCCAACCUGGUUGAUUCUAUGAUUCUAAUCUCGAAGACAAUGGAUGGUUAAAUCAAGAUCUGCAAAAAUUAAAAGAAGGAUAUGGAUAAAGUUUGGGUAUAACUGAUAUGCUUAGCUUCCAAACUCACAGUUCCCACAUUUGGUUGAAGUAUGGAAUUAUUUGUCAAAUAUAUACAAUAGAGCUCUAUGUAUUACUGCUUAAAGUACGUAUCCUCUAAUUACACAAAAUAUUCAUGACUAGAUCCCCAAUUGAGGGAAACCCACAUAACUUGACUGCUGUAAAUGAAAUUACAACAAUAUUAGCCAGCUGAGGUUCUGUGUCAUACAGUGUACUUUGCUGUAAAAUCAAGGUCUUUUUGAAUAAUCAGCUUUUCAAAAUACAAUAUAGACCCUACUUUCUUUCAAGAGGAUCAUUUGAAAUCAUUAUGGCAGACAAGAGGGUCUUUAAAACGGAUAUAAAUGUAAAUGCAGCAUGAAUGGAAUUCUGACUUGAUAUAUUUCUGAGCAAAAAGAUCUCAGGAUGUUAUGGUGAAUUUAAUGUGUUCUAAAUUUGACAUAGAUAAAUGCCUAAGAAAUUAAAAUUAUUUGGGUUGCCAGAAUUUAAAAGUAAAACACUAUGUCUUGUGCUGUCGUAUAAAUAGUGUAGAAUAUUAAAGUAGCAAUGUGUUCUUGUGCAUUAUAAUUCCAUGUAUUUCUCUACUGGAAGAUAAUUUAAUUUAAAAGGUUUCUGUGCUUGAGAACAGAGAUGGAAUGUAGAAAAUUAAUUAUAAGACAGAAGUUUCUUUCAGAGCUUUGGCCUUUUGUAUUUUAUGAGAUUUUCUUUUUCUUUGUGGUUCUCUGUGGUAUGUGUUGCUAAUAAUUUGACAAGGGUCUCCCAAAAUUAUUUCCCUCUCACUUUGCAACAAUUUUCACCUUCUAAAAGAUGUGUAGUUUCACAGUGAGAUACAAUGUGGAAAAACAGCCUUUUUUAUAUAUUAAGAUUGUCACAGUGGGUUUUUCCCAUUACAAAAAGAAUCAUUAUGAAUUUUUGAAUUUUACAUGCUUUUUUCCUUG